AUGGCCAGCAAGCGCAAGUUCGACACCUUCGACCCCAACAAGUCCGACUCCGACGACCUCGACUACGGCGCAACAUCCUCUCCCGCGAAGUCGAAGCCUCGCGCGCGUUCUCAAAAGCCGAAGAGUGGUGCACGCAAGCCGACGAAGCGUCGACGCGAGACUUACAACGACAGCGACAUCGAGGCCGAUAGCAACGAGGUCACCGAGGAUGACUCGUUCGGACAGCCAAGCGAGGAGGAAGAAGUAGCACUAGAGACAAAUCCACGAACGGGUCGAAGCGUGCGCUCGGUUGCGAAGAAGCCGAUCAAAUAUGAGGAGCAGAGCGAGGACGACAUAGAAGCAGACGACAGCGAUAGGCGCCCACAGAAGGCGACAUCCAAACGCGCUGGUCGGGCUAACAGUCCUGUGAAGAAAGAGAAGUCAUCGCUUGUCAUCAAGCUCAAGCUACCAUCACAAAAUAUGUCAGGCGCCGGAUCAAGAAGGUCUGCACGCGCGGGCAGCAGCAGGCCCACCACCAAGCGUGGUUCUACGCCCCAAGCUCAGAGUGCAUUCGCGACGCGUAGGAGCAGUCGCAUUUCGCACAGUGAGGAGCAGCCUUUGGUCGCUCUUACGGAUUCGGGAAGGCAUGAGCAAGUAACAAGAGCGAGUUCGAGCACGCCUCCGCCAGCACGGCCAACACGAGCCAGCAAAGGUCUUAAGAAGCCACCUAGUGCGAUCAUGGAGGCGUCACAAGAGGGCACAGACGCUGGGCCUGCUCCGGUUGAGGGUGAAGAGAUCGUCAUGUCGCAGCCAGGACUGGCGGUGGAAGCUGGAGUGACAGAGGUCGAGCGCACAUCACCAGGCGUAGAGCAUGCUGAGGCAGUUGGCUCGGAGAUUCAAAUGGAGAUGUACGACGAGGAAGGUGAAGAGCAGGUGGUUCAGGAAUCUAUGGACGACGAUGAAGAGGAUGAAGCACCAGUCACCAAAGGACGAUCCUUGCGACAGCCCCGCAAAGCCUCCAGUCCGCCAACGUCUCAACCAGCUGGCACCCGUCGCUCGAUGCGUGCCAAGAAGACUGGCGCAGAACCUAGCAGUGACUUCGAGCCAGAGGGUGAAGGGGAUGCCGAUGUUGAGGACGAAGAGAUGUCUGAAGAUGACCUGCUCAAACCACCGCGUGGAGGUCGCAGUAGCAAUGACGAAAGCACAGGUGGUAGCAGACAGCCCGGUCGUAGAUCGGGUCGGCUGGGUCGUAAGGCUGCUUCCCAACGCAGUCAGUCGAGACGCCUCAAGUCCGACGAAGACAACGACGAGCUUGACCCUGAAGAGAUCGCGGACGAAGCUGCCGAUCUCGAGGAAGACAAUCAGCGGAGAAGGCGCGAGCGGAGGCGACCAGCGCGCCAGGCUGAUAUUGCAUUCGAGCCGAAUUUGCGGAAUCGAGGCGCGAGGCCCGACUAUCGCAUUCUACGACCUGAGCUGCUGGCGCAGAUGGAUGAAGAAGAUGCACCAGCUGCACCUAUGGCUACACCCAACCGUAACCGACGAACCGGCGGCGGAGGGACUUAUCGCAGCCUCUUCUCCACCUUCGGACCUUUCGGUGGCGCUGGCGGACCUACUCCCGUCUUUGGCGGACCAGACGGUCAAGGUGCGACUGGCGGUGUCGACUCGGACAGCAGUGACGACGAGCAAGGCGGUGUCAAAGGUGGGCAGGGUAUUGGUGGUACUGUGGGCAUGACUCCAACCUCUGCCAUGCCGCCGAGACCUUACAAUGCCUUGACCUCAAACAAGUCAGAUGCCAUUCAAGGAGCUGGCGGCGGACCACCUGGACUUGGGAAGGUCAGCGACAAGAAGGCAUUGGCGGAUGCUGACCCGCUGGGUGUGGACACGAACGUUACGUUUAAUGGAGUCGGAGGGUUAGAGGAUCACAUCAAUCAGCUCAAGGAGAUGGUGUCGCUCCCUUUGCUAUACCCGGAAGUCUUCCAGCAGUUCCACGUCACUCCGCCUCGAGGUGUGCUCUUCCACGGCCCACCUGGUACCGGUAAAACGCUUCUUGCUAGAGCACUAGCAUCAAGCGUCAGCUCGGGUGGCAAGAAAGUCACCUUCUACAUGCGCAAGGGCGCAGACGCUCUGAGCAAGUGGGUCGGUGAGGCUGAGAAGCAGCUUCGUCUUCUGUUCGAAGAGGCGAGGAAGAAUCAGCCUAGUAUCAUCUUCUUCGACGAGAUCGAUGGACUUGCGCCGGUGCGGUCGAGCAAGCAGGAGCAGAUCCAUGCCUCCAUUGUCGCUACACUGCUGGCUUUGAUGGAUGGCAUGGAUGGCCGAGGUCAAGUCAUUGUCAUUGGAGCUACCAAUCGACCUGACUCUGUCGACCCUGCACUACGUCGACCCGGCAGAUUCGAUCGAGAGUUCUACUUCCCGCUACCAGACGUCAAGGGCCGUCGUUCCAUCAUUGACAUCCACACCAAGGGAUGGGAGCCAGCUCUAAAGCCCGACUUCAAGGACCAACUCGCCGAGCUGACCCGUGGUUACGGUGGUGCGGAUCUAAGAGCGUUGUGCACCGAGGCUGCUUUGAACGCUGUGCAAGGCACGUACCCCCAAAUCUACGCGAGCGACAAGAAGCUCCAAAUCGACCCCAGCAAGAUCCGCGUUCUGGCCAAGGACUUCAUGAUCUCGGUCAACAAGAUCGUGCCUUCCUCCGACCGCUCGGCGGCUUCAGGUGCUUCGGCUUUGAAGAAGGACAUCGAGCCUUUGCUACGCAAGCCGCUGCAAGAUGUCACAGACCGGGUCGACAAGGCCAUUCCGAGGAAGCGCAAGGCUACGGCUCUCGAGGAGGCGAUGUACGAUGAUCGUGACGAUGAGACUGGUUUCGAGCGGGAGAACCUUUUGCGGCAGUUCGAGUCGUCGCGUGUCUUCCGGCCACGGCUGUUGAUCAAGGGCGCGCAGGGGAUGGGGCAGCAGUAUCUUGGUGCAGCGCUGUUGAGCAAGCUUGAGGGACUGCAUGUGCAGAACUUUGAUAUGGCGACGUUGAUGAAGGAUUCUUCACGGUCUCCCGAGGCAGCUAUUGUCCAGCAAUUCGAAGAAGUCAAGCGCCACAAACCGGGUGUCAUUUACAUCCCCAACGUCGACAUCUGGUACCGCACUUUGGGCGACGCUGCAAUCCGUACCUUCACCGGUCUGCUGCGGAGCAUCCCGCCCACUGAGCCUAUCUUGCUGCUCGGUGUUAUGGAGAAGCCGAUUGAUGAGGACAAGCGGACGAAAGCCAUGAAUGCGAAGACGGAAGCCAGCAUGCUCCGCGAUCUCUUUGGGUAUUCGCUAAAGAAUCAGUACGAUCUUAGCCGACCCGACCAGCCUGCGCGUGAUGAGUACUUCAAUGCUGUGAUUGACUACAUCCGCAAGGCGCCUUCGGAGUUCCCGUCGCAAGAGAAUAGGAAGAGGAGAAAGUUGGACGAGCUGCCAGUGGUCGUUGCCCAGGAACCAACUACACGAGAACCCAGCAAAGCAGAGCAGAAAGCGCAGAAGAAGAAGGACCACCAGACGUUGAACCUGCUCAAACUGCAGAUUCAGCCUGUAAUGGACCAGAUCAAGCGCAUGUACCGUCGGUUCCGCGCGCCCACGGUCGAAGAACGGGACAUUGCCUAUCUCUUCGACGAACAGAACCCGCAGGUCCUCACCACGAACCUGAACGAGGAGCAGAUGCAGCAGCAGCAGAUCUUCCGCCCCUACGAGGUCGAUCGGGACGAGAAGGGCGUUGCGGGGCUACGCGAGGUGGCUUCUGGCAAGUUCUUCUAUAAUUUGGAGAUCGUGACUGUGGAGAAACGCUUGUCGAACGGUUACUACAAGCGACCGAAGGACUUUCUGGCGGAUAUCAAGCGACUCGCGAAGGAUGCGAAGGCGUCGGGAGACCAGGGCAGGACGCUCAGCGCGAAUGAGAUGCUGGCGAAUGUGGAAGUCGACAUGGCAAUGCUGGAGCAGCAGCAGCCUGCUCUCGUCGCGGAGUGUGAAGCGGUGUAUGAGCGGGACUUGGAGCGCGAGCGGCAAAGGGUUGCUAAGGCGCGAGAUGCGGAGCGCAGGGGCGAGGAUGUGCUCACGGUGGUGCCGAACGUGCCGCCGCAGCAGGCUUCAAAGACUACGACGGAGAGUUCAGGGCCGGUGGUGCUGGGGCAGCAGAUCCCAGGCGUGCGGCCGCCGCUUCUGCCGGUCACGCCUAGUAGGCUACACCCCAUGUCGAAUCCGUGGAGCACGACGAACGGCAGCCAUCCUUCACACCAAACGAAUGGAUCGACCGUGCCUUCACGCCCUCGCGAGGACUCCGAAAUGCUCGACAGCCCCGACCUGCAAGAGCAAGGAAGCCAGCACUACCAGCGCUCGGCCGCAUCCCCAGAACAGCACAACACGCAAAGCGAGUUCACGCAACGCUCCGCCCACACCCGCGUCGCCCCCGGCUCGCAGCUCGACCAAUACCGCAACAGCGCCUCGACCACUACGUCCGGGCAGAAGACUUCGGACAAGAGCGGACGCAGCAGUGGGCCGUAUUCGGUGAACACGCAAUUCUCCAACGGCGUGCGACCGGACGACCAUCCGCGUUUCUCGCAGCUCGCGGAAGCCAGAGGAGGGAGUCAGUUACCCGACACGCAGGAGCAGAAUUUCUCAAGCCAGCACUCGCAUUCCCAGCUCUCGCAGCAGAUGCCACCACCACAGUCGGGUCAGCAGCACAGCCAAAGCCAACCGCACGCUCCGCACGGCUCAAGCGAGGGCGGGAAGCACAGCUCCAUCAACAACCUCCUCAACGCUCCCGCCCCUGCCCCCCCGACGACCACAGCCACCACCUCCGCCGCCGCCGCAGGCUCUGCAAGCACCAACCACCUGAUCCUCGACGAACCGACCCUCCAAUCCUUCCACGCCGAACUUGUCCAACGCUCCUCCGGCUUGUCCGUCGAGCAGCUCGAGCAGGUGAACGCGGGCAUGAUGGAGAUGGUGUGGCAGGGGAGGGGGAAUUGGAACAGGAAUGCUGUGCUGAGGAUGGUGGUGGAGGCGUUUAAUGAGGUUGUCGCGGAUGUGGAGGCGGUGCAGGCGGUGCUGGGGCCGAGUCAGCCGGAGGAUGUCGGGGGGGAGGGGGAGGAGGGGGAGGAGUAG